UCGACGUUGACAGACCGAAAGUCAAUUUAGACGUCAAAUUCCUGUCAAAAUGAUACGACCUCGGUAAUAAAAGGCGAUUUUGUUCAGAUCCGUCCUAGAUGUCGCAAAAUAGCUGUUCAAAAUCGGAUUCUUCCCAGACCUCCUUGUUUAUACCGAGUAAGACAUGCGACAAGAAGAAGAGGAAGAAAAAGAAGUGUAAGAAGGGGAAAAUCACCAAUAAUCCGUUCUUCAAUUUCUUGCGCUUGUUCAGGUGCAAACAUCGCGAUUGGCCAGUGCCCAAAAUAGCAGUUGAGGGAGCCAAGUGCUGGUGUGCUAUGACAGAAGCUGAAAAAAAGAGGUUUUACAGGCAGGCUCACAGGGCUUUCAUUAGAAGUAUGAGGAGAGCUCAUGGUGGAAAAGUCAAGUUUGGUAGAAGGUGUUCCAGUGUUGGAAAAAGAAGAAAAACUAGGAGAGCGGGUAGUUGCCCGAACAAACGCAGGAAUAAGAGUAUCGCCAUUAAAAAGUCACAAUCGAAUAGCUGUUAAUGUUCGUUUUUGUUUGUUUUUAGUUCGAACGCUAAUAAAACCAGUUUUUGUCUCA